UAAAGUUUGCAGUUCUGAGCUCUUGCCUUGCAGCGGGCGGACAAGGGGCAGACUCAGACACAACAUGCCUGCACUCGAGACAUCCCUGAAAAUGACCCUCCUGUGCGUGCUUCUCUCCAGUCUGGUGCCCAGCCCCGGAGAGGCGUGGUACAAGCAGACGACGGGACCCAGCUACUACUCGGUAGGAAGAGCCUCCGGACUCCUGUCCGGAAUCCGCCGCUCGCCUCAUGUCCGCAGAUCGGAGGCGAGCGAAGCGGCGGAGUCGGCGGAGAACAGUGUGGGGGCGGAGCACGCAGCUCAAGGCAGAGAGACGGUGUUCGUCAAAAACAUGGCUGUGUGUGUGAAAGACAUCUCUCCCAGUCUGCAGACCUGCGAGCUACUCCCAGACGGAUUCAACACCUUUCAGUGCAAGGCGGACGUUUUCCUCUCACUGGACAGUCAGGAGUGCGGGAAUGCCUAGUCCACCUCAGAGACACCGACCGCCCCAACCCCUCCGGGCGCCGAACGUUUUUACUAUAAUUCAUUUCAGAAGAUUCAGACAAGCAACCCAGACAUCGCCAUCAUUGCCAGCUCGACGUCCAGUUACACUUUACUGUAUGUUUAAAAAAAUAACUUAUUUGUGACUAAGCGGUUCCUGGAUUUUUUUGAUUGUCUAUAUAUAAACACAUCACGGUGUGUAUCAUUGUAUAAAUGAACCGUGCAUUGGUAAUAAUGUCUGUCAUGGAACAAAUUAUUAAAUUUCAGCCUUAAAACACGUGACUCCA